GGGCGGUUUGAAAGGGAAAAAAACGCAACUUCUGACAAGUUGUUAGAAAUUAACCAGUUUACCUCAAAAUAAUUUCGUGAGCGUUCACUGUUAGUAAAAUAAUGUAAGGGCUGUCAGUCGACGCUGGCUGUUUCCGCAUUAAUGCCUUUACAUGACGUUUCGGGCUAACGUUAUAAAAACUUGAUAUGCUAGCUAGCUACCGUUAGCUGUUUGUGCUAAGCGUCUGGUCUGUAACUUUCUACUGCUGAGUGUUGACCAGGUGAACCAAGAUCAGGACACUUCUCAGACUUUAUCUACUGAAUAGCGUUAUCUGUCAACAUGGCGAGUGUGCAUGAAAAUUUGUACUUCAACCCCAUGAUGACGAACGGGGUAGUCCAUGCUAACGUGUUCGGUAUCAAAGACUGGGUGACUCCGUAUAAAAUCUCUGUGCUGGCUCUGCUCUACGACAUGACUGCGUCCAAAAUCACUCUGCCUGAGAGGAGACGGCUCAACAAGCUCAUCCUGCCCCUGCAGCAGGGUCCAGACUUGACUCUUGGUCAGUUCCUGAAGACCGUGGAGGAGUGCUGCCCCCAGACUGCAUAUGCUGUCAAACUCAGGCUGCAUGAAAUGGCAGAGGGAGAGCUGAAAGACAUGGAGUACUUCUUCUCCACUCUUCCUACCCCGUUUACUGCCUUUGACACCGAGGCUUAUAAAACCAGUGUUGUUGGUCUUUUUAUGAGACAUAUGCUGCUGGCCUACAACAAGCUGUCCUUCAGUCAGGUCUACAAGCUGUACAAGUCCCUGCAGCAUUAUUACCACAGUCACUUCGCCAAGCCCACCGACGGGCAGGUGAGUCUGCCAGCGCUGGCAGCAGACGACUCAGAGAUGGACCUGACAAGCACUGAGGACACUGUGGGCGACAGAAUUGACAAAGAGGAGACAGACAACCCGCUGCAUGAGUCAGAGCUUCGGAAUGACAAUACACCAAGCAAAGGCCCCUUGUCACAAAAACAAGCUGAGUACUUUCUUGCAAGACAGGCGUAUCUUCUGAAGAACGAUGAGAACAAAGCUUUAAAGCCUGCCGCUCUGCAGGAAGAGCUCAACAACAUGCUGAAGUUUAACCCAGAUUUUGCUGAAGCGCAUUACCUGAACUACCUUAACAGCAUGAGAGUGCAGGACAUCUUCCUGUCAGCCCACAGUCUCUUACAUUAUUUUGACCGCCUCAUCUUGUCUGGAAAUGAGGGGAAGAGUAACGGGGAUGAGGGUUAUGGACGCAGUCUCCGUUACGCAGCCCUCAAUCUGGCGAGCCUGCACUGUCGCUUCGGCCACUAUCAGCAGGCUGAUCUGGCUCUACAGGAGGCGAUCCGCAUUGCCCAAGAGUCCAAUGAUCAUGUGUGCCUGCAGCACUGUCUGAGUUGGCUCUACACACUGGAACAGAUGAGGGGAUCUGACAGCACAGUGUUAACUGAGGAUUCAGUGAAAAUGGCUGCCCAUUUCUGCCUGCCAUACCUGGCAUCUCUGGGCAUUCAGUCUCUAGUCCAGCAGGGGGCGACACAGGGUAAGACAGCCCACAAACUGAUGGAUGCACUGAAGGCCUUAGACAUCCUGCACUGGAAGCACAGUCUGUCAGAGCUGAUCGAGAUCAGCCUGGCUCAGACAACGUCCAUAUGGAGGAUGUACGGCAAGAGCACCAUGGCUCUGCAGCAGGCCCAGCUGCUUCUCAACAUGAGCAGUCUGGAACCGGUCAACUUUGGGGUCCAGCAGAACAACACAGAAGCGUUCACCGUGGCUCUCUGCCACCUGGCCGAGCUGCACGCUGAGCAGGGUCUGUACAGUUCAGUGUCAGAGAUUCUCCAGCAUCUGAAAGAACAGUUUCCUCCUCACUCACAGCAUGCAAAGCUCUGGAUGCUGUGUGAUCUGAAAAUCCAGUUUGACAGACACAUGCAUGAAGGGAAAUAUCAUUUGGCUGAACAACUGGUCACAGCCGUCUCUGCCUUAAACAAAACAGAGGGUCUCUACAGGAAAGCUCAAGUUCUGAAAGCUCUCAACAGGAGCACAGAGGCGUAUGGCGUUUUACAACGGCUGCAGACGCACUGUGAGAAGAGAAAAUGUAUAGAGGUGGUCAUCAGAGUGAUGCUUUCUACUGCUGAGCUCCACUGGGAGUCGUCUGGCUUCUCCACAGCACUUCCUCUCCUCCUGCAGGCCUUGGCCUUGGCGAGACAGCACCACCUACAGUCUCUGGCCUCAGAGGCCAUCCUUCACCUGGCCUACACUCAGCUGAUGCUGGGGGUCCCUCAGCAAGCUCUGACUGUUCUACAUGAAGCCAUCGAGCCUAUUCUGGCCCACGGAGGUGUCAUGGACAAAGGCCGAGCCCUGCUACUGACAGCCCGCUGUCAGAUGGCGGUGGCUGGGUUCAGGCCAAAUGGACAAGGGCAAGCAGAUUUGCAUUUGGCGGUUUUGGCUGUUGACACGCUGAACGAGGCAGCAGCGUAUUUCUCUAAGCUGAACUGUAAGGAGAGGUUACGGGACGUCCACUACCUGCAGGCGCAGCUUCACCGUUCUCUUGGACAGACAUCGCAGAGUAACAAAAGUGCCAUGCUGUUCCGGCUGCUAGACCAGGAGCUUCAGUCACCUGCCCCAACAGUCUCUAUGAGGCUCUGACUUCCCCCUGUCCCACUCAAAUCUGUAGUUACUCUGCAAAUUCUACUUACUGCUGUUCACCACCAGAUGGCACUGAAGAUCUGUCCUGCUUCUUCUAGCUCUCACACUUCUAAAUAUUUUGGAACUACUGGCACGGCUGGGACUUUUGCAGCAAGUGUCAGGUUACAAUAUCAGAGGGCAAUUAAAGUGGUCCCAAAUGAGGCUGAAGCUCCGGAGGCCGAUCUCGAUUCAGUCCAGUCAUGAAUGAAAUAAUGACUUAAUGAUAAAUGGAUAACUUGUGGUUUAAAAGCUUCAUCUUCCUUCCAGGUGUCUCAGACAGACAAAGCAUGCCAGCCAACGUGGUAAAAAUGUCAAAGUUUAUCAGAAGCUGCCCCAGCUGCACACCGCUUUUUGAUAAAUGAGGGUAAUAUCACAGUUAGCUACAAGAUGAAUGUGUUUCAGUGGCCUGGAUGAUUCAUAUUUCACCAGAGGAAUACUGAUGAAGCUGAAAUCCAAAGGGGGAGGAAAUCGUGAUCACAUUUAUAUUGUAAUGGACCCACAAUGGCAUAAAGGCUGAUACUGUAUCUGUAUUCAACUUAUGUCAGACAGGAUUUGGGAGAGCAGUUGUGUCUGAUAACAUUAUAUUUAAGUGUCCUGGUGGGCCUGUAAUCUAUGACUUGUAGCACUUCUUUCAAGAAAAUAAAAAACGUGUUUCCUAUGA